UUCCUGGGAGCAGCGAGUGUUGGAGAUGUAAGAUCUCAAUAGCAGCACUGGACGAGGAGCUGUUUACCCCCUUUAUAGAAGUGAGGCCGUCGCCCUGUGUGGUGCCGGAUUGGUACUCUGCUAGUAAGCUCCUCUCUUCCACCCUCCGAGGACAGUGUCUUCGCCAGACCUCGGGGGACUCUGCUAGUCCCCGUGGGCCUUGGGUGGCACAGGGGCAAAGUGGGGCAGACUGCGAAGUGGCAUCGAACUGUAAUACGAGUGUCUGAGCACUGAUAAUAUACUCCACAGAAGUGCAAUCAUUUUCUGUUGCUUGCCGUUCUCCGUGCGAGAUCCAUUUUUGCCGCUGGCCAUUGGUAUUUACACAUUCCGGAAUUCUUAUAAUGUUCACUGUGUAAUAUUGUUGUCUGUCUUCCCCUGGUGUCCACCUGGCCCGCCUUCCCCUGGUGUCCACCUGGCCCGCCUUCCCCUGGUGUCCACCUGGCCCGCCUUUCCCUGGUGCCCCACGGUGAUGGUGGUCGUCAUGGCCUUGUUCGCUCUGGUAGCCUCGUGGGCGGCGGUGCUCGUGUCUGUGAUGGCCCCCAGACCCACGCCCACCUCAGGAGCGCCCACCUUCUCCCGCGCCUCCACGCCAGGUAUCCAGACGCUGCUGGUGCUGCCUGGGGGCGACCUGCUGGUGGGAGACCUGGGAGGGGCCCUCCGAGCCUACCGUCAGGUCCCGGACGAGAGGGCGGGCGGGCGGCCGGGGUGUUCAGGGCCCCCUCGGGCCCACGGCUCCGUCAAGUACACCCACCCUAAGGACCCCACCAGACCCUUGCUCGCCCAGGUUAGUGUAUUUACAUCUUGUGUUUUACGAGCUGUGUUCGUUAUGCAUAUGUCCUUGACUGUGCCCAUCUUCCUCAUACACCUUUUUAUUCUGCGCAUCUGUGACACUACGAGAACUCGGAGCAUGACCUUGGGAUCUUCCCUGCGGCAGGUGUGGUGUGUGGAGGUGGGCGCCGGGGUGACGUCCGUCAGCAUGGUGGGACGGGAGGUGGUCGUCGGCACCGUCAACUCUGAGAUCUUCACACUCCAGCUCCCUCUACCCUCAACCACACCCGUCAAGCCGCGUGCGUCCAGAACCUCUGCCAACCCACAUCCUUCUAAAACCGCUAUCUCCAUUCCAAGCCCUAAGUCCACCGCUGCCAAGCCCACCGCUGCCAGAUUCAUGCCACAGAACAAGACGAAUGGAGCCACGAAAAAUACAAACGCUAUCACAAAGGGAAGACGUGUCACUGAGGAAUCACAGAGCAGCCAACAGAUCGACGCCAGAAGUAACAGACCAUUGUCUCAGUCUUCGCCGAAGGUGGAGGAGCUGGCAAGACUGGGGAGCGGACGGCCAGAGGUCACCCUCCUCUCCACCUGUCACUCGGAGCCCAUCUAUGACCUCACUUUCCCAAGGGGCGUGGGGGAGCUGGUGGUGUGUGGGGGCGUCGGGGGCGUGAGGGUGUGGAACGUCAGGUCCCUGCAGGAGGUGCUGAGGGUGGAGCUGCCCGGCCUCGUCUGCUGCUGCUGCUCCGUCACGCCCGCGCUUGACGUCAUUGUCACAGGGUGGAGUGAUGGGCGGCUGCGUGGGCUGGGGGCGGAGAGUGGGCGUGUGGUGUGGGUGGUGGACGACGCCCACCAUGCCGGCGUCAACUCCGUCGCCGCCCUCAGCAGUGGCCACCUGGUCUCUGGAGGACGUGACGGAAGGGUGCGGGUGUGGCUGGCGGAGGGGUCCGGGAUGCGCAUGACGGCGUCGCAGAAGGAGCACCGCGGAGAGGUGACAUACUUGGCUCUGGCGCCCUCGGAGACCCGCGUCCUCUCCUGCAGCGGUGACGGCUCCUGCAUCCUCUGGCGGCUCCCGGAGCUGGCUCGCAUCUACCGCCUGACGGCCCAUACGGUGUUCCUGGGUGGAAGCCUCCUGAGCAGCGGCGAGAUUGUGACAGUGGGCAGUGAUGGCUCCAUCCUGGUGUGGGAGAACCAGGAUGGCGCCCUCCUGGCCGACCUGCCGGCCUCCUCCACCCCCGUCACCACCGUCGCCUCGACCGUCGACGACGCCAUCUUGGUCACCGCUGGCGAGGACGCCGUCAUCAAGGUGUGGGACUGGAAGAAAGGGCGAGUCACCCAUGAAGGUCGCGGCCACAGCGGCGCCAUCACCAGGGUCUGCCUCUCUCCCGCCGGCAACAUACUGGCCUCUGUGGGCAGGGACGGCGCUCUGCUCCUCUGGAAGCUCCCCCAGCCCAAGACCUGAAGCCAUCAGCGGAAAACAUCACCGCCUCUUCAUCCUCGCCCUUUCCACAUCAGAUGGGGAAAAAAGUGAUGUUUGCUAUAUGUUCCUUGCUGUACGUGCAGUUUAUCGUACUCGUACAGCGCUCUCUAAUGAACAAAUCCACAAGGGCCGUGACGAGGAUUCGAACCUACGUCCGAGAGCAUCCCAGACGCUGCCUUAAUCGACUGCCUCAUCUAAUAUAAUGCCUCAGUGGACACGCGGUGGCCUUCGUAUGAUCAUACUUGUGUAAAGGAGGAAAUGUAUAUGUUUAUAUCUCAGAAUGUUCGGUAAUACGUUUAUUGCUUGUGAUGUGUGUCUAUGUCUGUAUUAACACGAUGUACUG